UCCUAAAGGAUCCUGCAGAACCAAGACUCUCUAAUUUUUAUGACAUCACUCUGUUGCCUAGCAAGAGCACAUCCUAGUUCUAUUUAAGACUUGGGAUCAGAAGAGUGCAAACAAGUGAGCUGUGGUUCCAUAGAAGUCAGAGAAAAAUGUUGCAGCUCAUUGUAGAGUCGGCCAAAGUCCAGCCCCCUCAAACUCCCCCACCAAGCUUUUGUGUGACAGUAUACUUCAGAGAUGUCAAGAAGAAAACUCGAGUCAUAGAAGACAAUAAUCCCACAUGGAAUGAGACCCUCGUAUGGCAUCUAGGCCCACAGCUCUUGGAAACUGACUCCUUCUUGCAAGUCAUCCUUCGAGAUAUAAGUCAAAAAAAAAGUGAAAGGACUUUUGGUGUAAGCACUGUAUUCCUUAGGCCACUGGCAGAAAAUCCACAUGAGCCUCUGGAUCUAACUGAACUGCCCCUAGUCAGCCAUACUACAUAUCCCACAAAAAGUACCAUCACCUUAAAAAUAACAUACUUGCCUCAGAUGGCCCAACAUAAGUCAGAAAGCUGGCAAAGCCUUGGCAUGGGCUGUAAGGAGGCUGAAGGGCAGGAAAUCAUGGCGACUGGCCACAAUGUGAGAAUGCCUCUGACCCUCAAGCCACAGGAUUUCCAGGUCCAGGUGAGAAUAUUUGAAGCCCGCCAGCUCCACGGAAACAACAUUGAGCCAGUGGUGAAGAUAUUAAUUGGAAAACAUGAGCAUCGGACUCGGAUCAAGAAGGGAAAUAACCCCUUUUUCAAUGAGGUUGGCUUGGAAGCAUGGGGAGAGGGGAAGGAAAGACAGGGAAGAUGGGGAAUAAUCAGCUUUGGAUACCAGGCUUUUUUUUUUCUUUUUUUUUUUUUUCCUGGAAGUAACUAUAGCCAGCAAUGCAUAAAAGCUCUAGCCCAGAAGGAUCAUGAGAAUCAGCUAUGGAUUUCUCAGGGAAGUAAGGGCCACUGGCUUACUAUUUUUUCCAGGUCUAGUCUUGAGAAGUUUCUAAAGAAACUCAACUUCCUCUCUGUAAAAAAGAAAUUAGACCUACACCAAUAUACCCAGACUGGCUUCCAAGGGAGAAAUGGGAGAGCCCUGAAACUUGUCAAUAGAAGCAUAUUCCUCUCUCUCCACACAGGACACACACUCAUGAGGAAAUGGCUAGGCCUCUGUCAUUCUAAUAAACCCUACUUGGGGAUCAGAGGCUACCUGAAGGUCACCGUUUCUGUCCUCGGUGCUGGAGACGAAGCUCCGGUGAGACUAUGCACCCAGAUUGGCCAGGGCCACUUUCUGCAGUACAUCUGUGGGGCCUUGGUGGAUCAUGGACAUCUGCAUGAGACUGGUGAAAUGGAGAAGAAUCUCUUUAUGUCAGCCAUAGUCCCUAUCCAAUUAGCUACUUUUUGUUUCUAUAUCUAUUCUGCUGAAGACCUGCACUUCAGUAAAACCAGUAAAGUUCUUCAUUAUCUGCUUGAUUCCCAAUACUUCAUCUUAUUACCAUAUGGUCAUCCAACUUUUGAAUACCUCAGAAAGAAGAGCAAUUCCUUGCCUCCCAAGGCAGUCCAUGGCACAAAACUUCAUGAGGGAGAAUUCUCAGGUUUCUUGCCCUGUUUUGGCCCUAGCUAUCUCAUUCUUCAUGGGGGAGAGAAGGCAUUAUCCUGGAACUUCUCUGAUGAAGAACCCUUCCUUCUUGACUCAACUGAGGAAGGCUUAAUUUAUCAAGGUAGAGUCUUAAUGGAACUAGUCUGUGGAAUACAAGAUAAGAAAGCAAAAGCACUUCCCCCUAGGACUUUGGCGGGCUUCAUAGAGAAUGAACUGAACCAACAAAACUAUGGACUGUGUAUCAUCUUCCUCUCCUCUACCAUGAUGCCAGCCUUUAAGAGCCAGAUUCACUUCGAGGUCACCCUUGGCCACUAUGGUAGCAAAAUGGACCUGAAUUACAAGCCGCUGACCUCUACCACCCAGUACAGCCAAGCAGUGGUUGACGAUACUUCAUACCACUAUGUCCCUUGGCAUAAUUCCAAGCCAGUAGUGACUCUGACCUCCACCUGGGAGGAUGUCAGCUUCCGGAUGAAUUCCCUCAAUGUCCUCCAUGUGGCCCGGGACCGACUGAAAUCAAACCUGGAGGCCAUGAAGUCAUUCCAGAAUCCUAAGAACCCAGCUUUAUCUAGAGUGUGGAAGAAAUUGCUGGAGGAAUUAAUGGAAGAUUGCAAGAGGCCUUUGCCCCAUAUUUCAGACCAACUCUAUUCCACAAUCUUGGACCAGAAUUUAUGGAAACUUCGAAAACUGGUCCUUCAGGAAUUGGCAGAUGAAGCCAUGAACAGCAAUCAUAAAGACACGGAAAUGCUGCCUGCAGCUGAGAAUUGGUUAUAUCGGCUCAACUCUGUGACUCUAGAGCCUCAAUCUAGCAUCCCUGACGUUGUGAUCUGGCUCCUGUGCAAAGAACAUCGUGUUGCCUAUACCCGGGUGCCCAUCAAUACCAUCCUGUUCUCCCAGGCUGGGCCCUUCUAUGGUGGCAAAUUCUGUGGCAAGGCUCAGACCCUCUUCAUGAAGGUGAGAAGGACUUUGUACUCCAAAGAACGAAAACAAAAGAACUUACUAGAGGCUCAAGAGCAGAAGGGAAUAAUGGCUGCUCAGCUCCGAGUAUGCAUGUGGCUAGGCAGCGUCUCGGACAGCAGUGACCUGGAGAAGAUCGGCUAUAAAGAUUUCAUCUUCUAUUCAAAGACAUAUGAGAACCAAGCUAUGUUCCAGGGCAAGUGGGGACCAGAGGGGCUGAAAAACUAUCCCAAUUUCUCUGACGCCAGUGGAAACUACAUUCUCCCCAAAGAGAACUUCCAUGUGCCUCAAGGAUGGGAGUGGCAGGGGAGUUGGUUUGUGGAACCCAAGACAAAAUUCCUUGUAGACACAGACAUUAACCAAAACCAAAUUCUGGAGGAAGUAUACGAAAACCAGACACGGGACAUUUGGGGAAGUUGGGCUCCAGCUGCCAUCCCAAAUACUGAUAUGAUUGGACAGCCUGUACAGGCUAGGGAACAACUGGAGUGCCCAGAAGGCUGGUCCAUCAAGGAAAACUGGAAUGUGGAGUUAAAUGAUGCAGUGGAUAAGGAAGGCUGGGAAUACGGUGUGGGAAAUCCUCCCUCCGAAAUCCCCAAAGCUUGGACUGCUGUGGAAAAGACCUAUCAUUCUUGGCGCCGCCGCCGCUGGGUGAGACAGAGAUACCAAAACCCUGGAGACCAGCAAGAUGAACAGAAGUCGCAGGAGUCACCGGACCUACAUGGGGAAGAUGAAGGCUGGGAAUAUGAUUCCUUUGGCUUCAGAUUUGACCCAGAUCCAAAGCCAGAGAGUGUACUCCGCCGCCGCUGCUGGCAUCGUAGGAUGGUACCCACUGAGGAUGUCAGUAUGUCUCCCAUUUUCUUCCUGGAGGAAUGCUUGGCAAAAGACAACAGAUACGAGGAAAUAGAGGAAAAGGAGGAGAAAAAGAAGAAGAAAAUAAAGGAGGAAGAACAGGGAGAGGUUAAAAAGGAAGAGAAGAAUCUCAUGACUUCAAAAAAAUCUUUAAUGGAGGCACCCCUAAAACUCAGUACUCCCUUCAUCUCCUACAUCAUCUACAAACCACAGUACUACCAGCUUUUCUGCUAUAUCUACCAAGUCAGAAACCUGAUAUCUAAUCACAUCCAGACCUUCUCAGACUCUUUCAUUCAGGUGAUCUUCCUACACUAUAGUCAACGCACCCGGACACUAGAGACUUCCCUGGUCCCAACAUGGAGCGAGACAUUGAUCUUUGACCAUAUUUUACUGGAUGAGAAACCCCAAGAUAUAGAAGAAAAUCCUCCCCCGAUGUGCCUAGAACUCUGGCAAGUAAAUUCCCAGGGCAAGAGGAGCUUAUGGGGAAGGAGCAUGUGUUCACCAGUUGUCUAUCUAGAUCUUCAAAAGCGAACCCUACCUCCGCUAAACUGGCAUUCCAUCAGCAAAGAAACAGGGGAAGAAGAGGGAGAGAUUCUGGCCUCUUUUGAGCUUAUCCUGGAGACCGAGAUGACAGAUAAUCAGAAAUCUCCACUCAUGAGUAUUCCCUGGAAGAACGGCUACUAUACCCUUCCCCAAAACAUCCAGCCUUCCUUGAAGAAAACUGCCAUUGAGAUCCUGGCUUGGGGGCUACGAAAUAUACACAAGGCAUACUCUCCCUCCUUAGUGGUGGAAUGUGGUGAGGAAACUCUGAAUACAGCUCCGAUCAAAGAUUACCACUCCAACCCCAACUUUCCCCAGGCUGCCCUCCUAUUAACUGUGUUCCUGCCUCAGGAGGAAGCGUAUACCCCACCCCUGGUCCUGAAGGUGGUAGACCAACAAAACUAUGGCAUCCAGAUGGUGAUUGGCCAGGCCAUUGUCUACUGCUUGCGCCCAUAUUUCUGUGACCCCUGGGCUGAAGACUAUGUACCUCCACGCCUUCCUGGUAUGAAAUUUUCUUCUUUUCACUGCUCUCCUCUCCCUCCUUUCCCUCCUCUCCCCUUUUGUCCUUUUCUCAAUCUUCCCUCUGAAAGAAAUUGGCUUCAUUUUGGGUUCUAUGGCCCUCUAAUUCUUCCCAGCUACCCUUUUAACCUUAAAUUGCUAAAUAAAUGCAAAUUAUUUCAAAUUAAGGGUGCGGGGUGGUGUUUUAUAUCAUCUCUCUCCUUUCCUCCUCUUCUCCAGUUUUUUGAUCACAAGAACAGAAAGCACUUGAAGUCUAUCCAUACUGAGGAAGAGCACAUGCAUGAAGUGGACUGGUGGAGCAAAAUGUUCUGGGCAACAGGAGAGAACUCUAAGACGUGGAACCACAAGGACUACUAUGCUCUGAAGAUAUAUGACUGUGAGCUAGAAGCUGUACCAGACUUCCAAGGCCUGCAGGAUUUCUGCCAGACUUUCAACCUCUAUAGUGGGCAGAAGACUAAAGACAGCCCCAUCGUUGGUGAAUUCAAGGGCCUUUUCCGGGUCUAUCCACUUCCUGAGAAUCCCAAACAAGCCAGCCCCCCACGCCAGUUCCAGAAUCUACCUGAGAAAGAGAGCUGCCCGCAGCAGUGCCUCGUGCGGGUGUAUGUAAUCCGGGCCAUUGGGCUACAGCCGAAGGACAACAAUGGUUUGUGCGACCCUUACGUGAUCCUGAAAUUGGGCAAGACGAUGCUGGGCAACCGGCACCAUUACAAACCCAACACUGUGGACCCCGUCUUUGGCAUGAUGUUUGAGAUGAACUGCACCAUUCCCCUGGAGAAAGAUCUGGAAAUCACUCUUUUUGACUUUGACUUAAUUUCACCUGAUGACAAGAUUGGGUCCACAGUCAUCGACCUGGAGGAUCGGCUCCUGUCCACCUUUGGUGCUCGUUGUGGGCUUCCCAAAUCCUACUGCCUGGCAGGGCCCUUUCAGUGGAGGGACCAGCUAACACCAAGUCACCUCCUGGAGCAGUAUGCCCACAGGAAGGGGCUGCCACCACCUGAUUUCAGCGAUGAAGAUUGUAUCAUAUUCAGUGGGAGAAUCUUCAGGUUGCAAAACUUUGAACAAGAGACCCCUCCCAUUAAGCACUUAGGUUCUCCAAAAGAGCGUCUGGCCCUGUAUCUCUUGCAAGCUCAGGGACAGGUGCCUGAGCAUGUGGAGACUCGAACUCUAUACUCAAACACCCAACCAGGUAUUGACCAGGGAAAGGUGCAGUUGUGGGUAGACAUCUUCCCCCUGCAUCUUGGGCCUCCGGGGCCUGCAGUAAACAUCAGUCUUCGAAAGGCCAAAGGGUACGAACUACGCUGCAUCAUCUGGGAAACAAGAAAUGUGGACCUGCAGGACGUCAAUAUAACUGGAGAGAGGAUGAGUGAUAUCUACAUCAAAGGAUGGAUGCAUGAUAUGGAGGAAGACAUGCAAAAGACAGAUAUUCACUAUCGAUCACUUACUGGGUCUGCGAGUUUCAACUGGAGGUUUAUCUUCACUUUUAAAUACCUGCCCACAGAACAGGUCUGCAUUCUGAGCAAGAAGGAAUUCAUCUGGAGCCUGGACCCCACAGUGGAGAAGAUCCCACCCCGACUUCUAAUCCAGGUUUGGGACAAUGACAAGUUCCUUCCUGAUGACUUUUUAGGAAUUCUAGAGCUAGACCUGUGUGAAAUGCCAACUCCUGCCCGGAGUUCCCAUGAGUGCACCCUCAACAUGAUAGAAAACAAACCUAAGUGGCCAUUUAAGUUCCUCCACAAGCAUGUCUCCCUCUUCAGGCAGAAAACUCUCACUGGCUGGUGGCCUUGUCAGGUUCUGGAUGACAACAAAUGGCGUUUGUCGGGCAAAGUGAAGAUGACCCUGGAAGUGCUGACAAGGAAGGAGGCUGAGGAAAGACCAGCUGGGAGAGGCCGAUCUGAACCCAAUCAAUACCCUACGCUUCAUGCACCCAUACGACCAGAAACCUCAUUCCUAUGGUUCCUAUCACCGUGGCUCAGUUUCCAACACAUCUGUUGGAAUCGCUACCGCUGGAAAUUUACACUCUCUCUUUUAAUAAUGAGCUUAUUGCUCUUGGUGAUAAUAUUUAUCUAUUCUACUCCUAACUAUUUAGCUAUGAAAUUGAUCAAACCUGAGUUUCGGUUAACUAGACCGCUACCUGCAUUGUCGGAAGAAAGUUUCAAAGAGAUACCAACAACCACCCUGGAAGGCCUCUUACAGUCAGUCUCAGAGACUAAUACAAACACAAACUGACCACCAAAAAAUCCAACAACUACUUGAAUAUUUUUUCUCAUCUCUUAGGCCCAUGAGGGCAAUCUACUCGCCUAGGAGACUUUCCUGUCCACAUCCCUCCUAUCAUUAAAUCUUUCUUUCUCUCA